AUGAAUUUGCUUAAAUUGAUUUUAUAUCCCAGCAGCCUCCGUCCUCAAAAACAUCAAACCACACAUCAUUUCAAAUGUCGUGUCGUCAAUGGUAUUGUCAAAUUUGAAAUGGUUCUAAAUCUUAUAUUUUGGCUGAAUUUCGUUUUCACGUUAUCGUUGGCUCAGCUCACGACAAAUCUCACUAACGUUCAGAUUCACCUGUCAUUCCGCGGGCAAUUUCCUAGUGUGGUUAGUAUUGAAGAAAUUGUUAAGCGUAAUAACCGAUGUAGUGGGAUCCUAAUAACCAAGAAGCAUGUCCUGACCGUUGCACAUUGCGUGCCUCCAGAUGAAACGGAAAACUACAUAGUCAUCGCUGGAACAAACGGCAUCACUACAUGGGACAAUAAUUGCCAAACUAGGACCAUAGUCAAGGCCAUAAUCCAUUCCGGCCACAAUCCAAUCGAGAAUCUUCUAGGAGAAGACGAUAUUGCAAUACAAGUUUUGAAUCAUGAAAUUUUCGAAACUGGUUUCAUUCGAAUAACUCCCUAUGAGCGGGUUCAUCUUGAACCAGGUGGUAGGUUGACAAUAGUAGGAUGGGGGCCAGAGAAAACUGCAGAGCCUAAUGUAGUCGCUCAAAUGAGCUUUGUUAAUGUGUCAAUACUCAAUCCACAUCAUUGUGGGUUGGAUUUUCUACCUAGCAGGCUGAUUUGCCUUGGUGAUAGAGACGGGACGACUUCAGCCAUGGGCUUAGUUGGAUAA